CUUGACAAAGCACAUGAUAUCCAUAUGUGGCAGAAUUUGUUACAGGCAACCCUUUCAACGCCUGAAAAUGCUGCUGGGAUUCUGCACAUUUCUUUCGCAUAUUGCAUCCCCACUUAUGGCAUGUGGCUGCUUUCCCUUUGUGCGCAGUCAUUCCCGCACAACCUGUGGUACUUCACGUUCUCGGUGAUGGGAGACCUGAACUACUUCUUCUUUGCGGGCCACCUGCUCGACGUGGCUGUCGGCUUCAAGACACUGCGCACCAUCCUGCAGUCAGUCACACACAAUGGCAAACAGCUGGUGCUGACAGUGAUGCUGCUGACCAUCAUAGUGUACAUCUACAUGGUGAUAGCGUUCAGCUUUUUCCCCAAGUUCUACGUCCAAGAAGAGGACGACCAGGUUGGCCACAAGUGUCACAGUAUGCUCACGUGCUUCGUGUUCCACCUCUACAAAGGUGUGAGAGCAGGUGGCGGAAUCGGUGAUGAAAUCGAGCCUCCGGACGGUGACAAAUACGUAGUGUACCGCAUCAUCUUCGACAUCACUUUCUUCUUCUUUGUCAUUGUCAUCCUGCUGGCCAUCAUUCAGGGUCUCAUUAUUGACGCCUUUGGAGAGCUGAGAGACCAGCUGCAGAGUGUGGUUGAUAUGGAGGUCAAUCAUUCAUCUCCCUUGCAGCACUUACGUCGUUAUGAAGCAUUUAUUUUAUUAUAAAAAUAUUUGUGUUACUUUCAUGUCAAGUACAUAUGCUGCAAAAUUUAAGAGUGUAUUUA